UGGGAAGCAAAAUGGCGAUGUUCGGUCGAGAAAAAAAUGGUGAUGGAGAAGAAGGGGAGGUCAGUGGUUCCUCCCCUGACCUGGACUGGUCACACGUGCUGCUGGGGGUGGGCAUCACCACCGCCUCUCAUCCCAUGACUUACGUUAAAGUCCUCAUACAGGUUGGUCAUGAGCCCUUCCCUCCCCGUGCCACCACCAACCUGUUUGGUCGGCCCAUCCUGAUACUACCAGGGCUGCUGCAGUACAUGGGUCACAUCCGUAAGAUAGACGGGUUUCUGGGGCUGUACCGAGGUUUACUGCCCAGGAUCUGUACUGGGAUUAUCGGCACCAGCGUCAACUCUCGAAUCAUGGAGCACAUGCGAAGUUCCCACCCCGUCAAUCCAAUCAAGGAUUCGGACGAUUUAAGGACUGUUGCCGAGAAGUUUGUGAAAACGACCUCUCAGGAAACUGCAGCUAGAUGCCUGGCAGUGGUGGUCAGCCAACCCUUCCAUGUUGUUACUAUAAGGUGCAUGGUGCAGUUCAUCGGGAGAGAAACUGCUUACAGUGGUCCAAUUACUGCAGUGAGUGAAAUCUGGAACAAUGAAGGCAUUUCAGGGUUCUUUAGUGGGCUAGUCCCAAGGCUGUUGGGAGAAGUCUUCACCCUGUGGCUGUGUAACAUCCUGGCACAUCUCAUCAACACCUACCUGCUUCCUAAUGAUGAAUCUAUGACUAAUGUAAGUGAGUUUAAGAGUUACUCGCAGGCCAUCACAGGGUUCCUGGCUAACAUGGUGACGUACCCCUUCACACUGGUGGCCAACUGUAUGGCUGUUACAGGCUCAGGACUUGCUGCGGGACAACACCCCCACAUGCCACUGUACACAGACUGGAACGACUGCUGGAAACACCUGGACAGAAUGGGUCAGUUGAAGCGUGGGUCCAGUCUGUUUUGGAGGCAGCUCCCCAAGAGACAUUACGUUCUCAACAAAGGGGGGUUCUAAAUGCAGACAUCUCAGAUUUCUUAGAGCUCCUUAGAAUAUUCCCUCUUUCUCAGUAAAACUCAAGACAGGGGAAAGUUGUAGCUGGUUAGACUUAGCAUCUAAAUGAAAAGAGCUUGUUUGGAUCAAUGGACCCAAAAUGACUGCAAAAGUCCUACUUUGUGGCAUAUAUGAUCAAGAGAUGGGGGAGGGGGUAUAGAUUGGUAGUAGAAUUAAAGUAAUGGGCUUUGUCUUCCAAAUCCAUGCCCUAAACACAGUGGAUAAACAACCCACCGCCCCUAGCUAGGCCUACAGCUUUAAAAAGGCUAUGGGAUCUUUCAUUUACCUGUCCUUUACCAUAACUGAAAUACUGGUAAUUGUUUUCAAAAAUGGUAUUCUCUACAAGAAAGAACUGUUAUAAUAGCUUCAGUGACUCUAUUUUCAGCUUCAUGAAGCAAUGCUUAUCUACCAUAACAUUAGUGUCCGGUGGAACAUCAACACAAAUAGUAGUUGUUCAAGGAACUGGAUGCCAUGAAAGGUUAUGGAUGCUACUUACCAAUUCCAAACUCAUGUCCAGUUACUUGAGCCAACUGCUGUUUGGCACUGAUAUUAGAGGUUAGCAAAAUUGAAGAAAUCCUGUUACGUAAGGCAGCAAAAGCUGUACACAUGAAUGUACAGAUGAAAUGUGCAUGUGUAUGUAGACAUUUUUACAGUAUCUGUAGAACUGUACUAGCCCUACCAUUCCAUUCUUCAUACCAUGUACAAUAUUUCUCAUUCUCUCAUAUUCAGUCAUAUUGAUGUGGACAAUGUUUGUAGACUAGAAUAAUCUAUAAAUAUUAAUGAAGUUCAGAACUGGAUUUGAUACCUUUAUUAGUGGUAAGUGUAGGUGAUAGUAUACAAUUACGGUACAUGUUUAUAUGUCGAGAAAGAUUGCGAUUAAGCAAAUUGUGUAUGGCAAAGAAGCUAUUUGUCUGCAACAGAGUGGGGCUUUUGUGUACGAUCCCACUUUGCACUACUAUUAUGUAACUAAUAAUACUAUGAUGGGAAUAUAAGCUAUUGUAUUGUGUUCAAUGAUAUGUUUCUCUGCAGUAACAAUAAAAACAUAGCAAGAAGAUUUACUGAAAUAUGAAUAAAUGAAUGAAUGUUUA